CCGCCGCCGCCUCCGCUCCGCCGCCGCCGCCUCCGCCGAGGGAAGGGAAGCGUAUCGUAUGUCCGCUAUCCAGAACCUCCAACCCUUCGACCCCUUUGCUGAUGCAAGUAAGGGUGAUGACCUGCUCCCUGCCGGCACUGAGGACUACAUCCAUAUAAGGAUCCAGCAGCGGAACGGCAGGAAGACCCUCACCACAGUCCAGGGCAUCGCGGAUGAUUACGAUAAAAAGAAACUGGUGAAGGCCUUCAAAAAGAAAUUUGCCUGCAAUGGUACUGUGAUUGAGCACCCCGAGUAUGGAGAAGUGAUUCAGUUGCAAGGUGACCAGCGCAAGAACAUCUGCCAGUUCCUUGUAGAGAUUGGACUGGCUAAGGACGACCAGCUGAAAGUCCAUGGGUUUUAAGUGCCUGUGGGCCACUGGAGCUUUAUGCAAGAAGAUUUCCUUACCAUGAAAUUCCUACCUGUCCCUUGUCAUAAGUUUAGAACCAGCCAGUGUGUGUAAUGUAACAAUCCUGGGUCCUCUGCUGGCUCUGGACUGGUGUAAUUCAGUGAUGUAAUAAACUGACACGAGCCCCAUGCUAUCUCGUCUGGCUGUCCCUCAUUUCACACAGGUCCCUCGGGGCGUGGGCAUGCUCCAGCCUGAAGCCAAAAGUAACCAGAUCUUCCCAAAGUAACCAGAUGUUCCCAGCUAAGCCAAGGGACUCAGCCUGCCAGUGGAGAGACUGCUCCUGGGUUCUGCUGCUCUCCCCUUCUGGUGACUGCUGCCCUGCCCCCUGCGCCGCCAGGGAGGAGGUGGAGCCUCUGCCCUGGGCAGCCUUGGCUCCUGGUGCCAGAGGGAUGUGGGGAAGCUUGGCUGUGAGUGAGAGGAGUGACCAAAGAGUGACCUCGAGGCUGGCUGUGCCCAGGUGAGGCCUGGCAGGCACUGGUACCCUGUGAGCCCUAAGACACCAGGCUGGCACAAGGGAAGGAACCGUGGCCUUGGGUUAAACUUGUGACAAGGGAGAGGUCUGGACUGAUGUAAGCAGUGUCAGUAGGUAGAGCCACAGCUUGUGUGUCACUAGCAGCUGCUGCCUGAUGCCCUGUGAGGUAACAAAGUGCUGGUUUCAUUUUUAAUGUUUUCUGUAAUGUAUUUAAAGUCUUAUUUA